GAUUAAAGAGUAACGACCCAAUAGGAAUCAACAAACUGGCUGUUAUUCGUCGGACACGGCAGACGUUUUAUUUUUCCUUUUUCGUAAUUCAAAUCCAAAAACAAGGGCAAUAACGUCCUUUCAUUUCCCUUUCAGUUUGCCUCCUCUCUUAGCUCCGUUCUCCUCUGUAAAAGACCGCCCAUGGGAAGAUCAUCAACUCCCAAAUCGCCAUGGGAGAUUCGGAUAAAACGGUGGCGUUGAAGCUGGCGUACGCGCAGAUAAUACUGAACACAGCCAAGGAAGCAGCGGCGAGAGUGAUGGUGUCGGAGAAAAAAGCGGCGUCGUUUCAGCAUCAACUGAAUUGCUCCAAGGAGGAGUCGCUUGGUGUGCUUCUUCGCUUGAAACACAUGAUCGAUGCCAAGACAAUUGAAGCAGAGACAACAUCCUUCUAUCAGAAGAGAAAGAUUGAUGAGCUUGAAGCACAGCUCCAUGAAGCAGAGGAUAUCAUAACAGAUCUUAGAGUUGAAUUAAAUUGUCUAGAAGAUAAGCUGGAGAGAGCAAAGAACACUGAAGUGAAGCCUUUAAAUGGACAAACCCCUAGUGAGGAUGCAUCUUCUCUUCAAGAUCCAACGCUCGAGCCCACUGUACAAUCUCCAUUAAAUUCAGCCUCAGGAUAUUUGACUGUUGCAGAAUCUGACAUGAGGAACUAUUUAUUGAAUCAGGGAUAUUCCCAUAGUAGAUGCUGCAAUUCUGCAAAGCAAAUUGAUCAACCUAAUGUUUCUCAUGUUGAGAGUUAUUGUUCUCAUAACUCUGACUUGGCCACUGUACUUAUGGCAAACAAGAAGCCAGAGCUGUACAGAAAUGGUUGUACACAGAGAAUUAGUGCUCUUCAAAGAAACUUUCUGGAUGGUAAAUUGACUCCUGGAGGUCUGGAUGGUCAACAUUCUCUCUUGAGGAAACAGUUUAGCAUGGAAACAAGCGCUGAAGAUGAAAGACAAUAUACAGGAUACUCUCCUAAAAUAAAGAACUUGAAGACAAUGGUCUUUUCUGGAGAAACAAAAAAAUCUGUCAAAGUCUGCACAAUAAGGAGGAAGAGAAAGACUCGAUUUAGUAGAAUCAAAGCUGGAUCACGUAGAUUUCGUCCUAGUCAGCACAUGACACGUCAAUCAUCUUCUGUCCUUUCCAGUUGCAGAAACUAUAUAAUCAACAGAAAUGUUAAAUCUUGUGCAGGUACUUGCACUGUAUACUCUAUUGGUAAUAUGGAUACAACAAAAAAUUCUAGGGAAUUGGAAGAAGAAUUGCAGAACAAAAGCAGCUGCCAUGAAGAUGUUGUGGCCGGCUAUAAUGGAAAAAGAAAUGGAAAAGUGAAAGGUAGCAAUGAUAUUGCUACUUCAUUCCAGUCUCUCCUGGAUCAUCUCACUGAGCCUUGUCAACCUUCAUUGGCCCUUAGCUGUUCUAAGACUUCGAAUUCAGUCUGCUUUAAUGUUGAAUCAAAUGAAGAUAAAUUGAAAACAGCUGACACUGAGAAUAAGAUAAAGGCAUUGGCCCGUUUGGAUCCUGGGUUAGCACUUAUUAAAUGUAAUGUGGAUCCUUCAUUAAGAUCAAAAAAUGUCACUGCAAGUGUCAAGGCACUUAAUAAUUCUAGAUUUGCUCCAAGUGCUGCUGACAAUGACAUUAAAUUGGGAGAUGAGUCUGUUUUGGUCAGACAAGAAGUUAACUCUGGGAAGAUUUCAACACUUCCAUCUUCAGAAAUGAGCUCCACUAUGGUCAAUGGUUCCAUCGUGCAUUCUGCCUUGGACGGUAGCAAAGCAUCCAAUGUAACUAAGGAAUCUUCAACUAAGGUGGAUAAUGUGAAUGAUAGACGUUUUAAAUACACCUUCCAGAGGAAACGCAAGAAGGAAUCCCUUUGCGACCAGGAUGUAAAGACAUCUGAAGAGAGCAAUUUAAAGAGGAGGGCUGGGGAGAAAGAAAAUAGGUUACAAGAAACUGCUAACUGUAACUUGGUUAAUGAAACUUCUAGGGACAGUUGACGACUGGCUCAGGUUGCUCGUCAGCUCAUUUCUCUGUCAGGCAAAAGAUGGUGGUAAUUGAGGUUAAUUUCACAUUAAUCUAACCAAAGGAAUGCUUGACAGGUGAUGGGUGAUUCUUGAUGUAUGCUUUUCCAAUGAAAGGGGAGUAAACGGCUACCGCUGUUGAUUAUAGAGAGAUCGAAUUGGUAAUCUUCACCAUUUAUACAAGUCUUUCAAAUAAUUGUUACAUUUUUUUAGAACAAUAUUGUUGUCGAACCUAACUUCUCUGGCAUUCCCUUCCAUUUAAUCUUAACAAAAAUAUUAUUGAAUAGUUUGUCAAAAUGGCCAAAAUCUCAAAAAGUAAUGGAGUAGCCAUUGUUCCCAUUCUUUUCCUAUGCAUUCUCCAUUUGUAGAUUAUUCAA